GGGAGGCCGUGUAUAAUGAACUGAGCCGACGCUAAGUUAGUCGGAGAGGAGAAACCAUGGAGGGAAACCGGACUGAAACAAAAUCGAACGCUCAACAGCGCCACCUACGACCAGAAACGCCCAGCCCAGCGCCUCCUAAAGGGGAAGCGGUAAAGCUUCAUAAACAACAGUAGGCCUACGUAUGUUGCCGCCGCUUUUGAAUUCAAACAAAAUAAUGCAUUUAGUUUGACACAGUCAUCUGCUAAAAUUGCCUACUUUUACCUUUGCAUUGUAUGAUAUGAAGGAACUUGUUAAUACGUGUUCAUAAACACAUCCGUUUUGCACCACGGGCGUAAUAAUGCAUGUUUUCUUCGUUUUUUAAAUGUGUUUUGUUUUUAAUAUAUUAUGUUGAAAUAGCGGGUUUGGCGCAGCUCCAUAGCAAGUAUCUCAGGGUAGGGUGGGAUUGUACUAUGUUAAAUGGACGCUAGAGGGCAGCAGUAGCCUUGAUCAGAAUUGUGUCUGCAUGUCAGAGGAAGACUAUCCUGACUACCCGUGAAGUCUUUGACUUGGACUACAGUCCAGUAUUUCUGACGAUGGAGCGUUGCAGGGGCGUGGUUGCCGAGAGAGACACGGUGAGCCGGAUCAAUUGAAAAACAAGACACUCUAAAACAGUUUUUACUAACGUCAAAAAGGAUUUUUGGACGAGACUGGGCAAUUACUCCGUUUUACAAUUUGUAUCAUGCAACGUGUAAUAAAACGUGAACUACACGUUUACUAAUCAUGCAUGCCGUGGACAAAAAAAAAACGUGGACCAUCAGUAGCUAGAUGAGUUGGAUAUGUAUUUUUUUUUGGAUUGUCGUUCUUUUAUUCAUAGAAGUGCACUAAAACUAUGUAAUGUAGAAAUUAUUUUACCUUUCCUCAUCACACUGUAGCAACAUACAUAUUUUGUGGUGUAUGUGCAUUUUUAUGUGAAUUGCAGUUGCAGAUGCACUCCUACACGUUGGUAAGAAAGAACGUGUAUCAAACAAUGGUGGGGCUGUUCACGGACUGGUCGGUCGUCUGCUGACUGGGAACCCCCCAAAAAUCUCACAUGCAUCCAGGAUCUGCCAUGGAGGAGACGUCGCAAGAAGAGAUUAAAUAUAAAAGCCAGAAUGAAGAAGACCAAGGCGGGAUCCGUCGCCGAUUGAGGGACAGGGAACUUCUCAAGCGGAGAAGAGCGGAAGCCGAGGAGAAGGAGACUUACCAGUGGGUUUUGGGAGUCUGCAAAGGGUGUGGUUUCCAAACAACAUGCAGCAUGAAAACAUUAUCACCACUUAAGAUUAUCACUCCUCUGCUGAAAUUGGAAAUGGGAUUGGAGAGCUUCAGUAAAAGACAGAAAGCUGAACAGAGGAGUGGGACAAAGAGGAGGGGGAGACCCAGGAAGGCGGAUGACAUACCAGAAAGUUCUUUCACCCAGGAAUGUGAGGUCGUGGAGCCUAAAGCUCCCGUUGUUUUGGUUCCUCCAGAAUCAGGUUUGGUGAUACCAGCAUUGGGUGCAGACUCGCUACCCGCUCUGGCCAGUGGAUCUGUGGAACCAGUCUUGACAUGGUUGCCAAACCCUGCCCUCACUCCAGUUCCUAACGUAGCACUGGUUUCACCUCCAGAUCUUGUUACACCACCCAUUGCAGUUCCUCUAGCGCCAACCCAAGAUCCAUCCACUGCUCUAAAUCUUUUGCCCCCACCCACUGCAGUUCUUUCAACUUUGGCCCAAAAUCUAUCAACCGUUUCAGAACAAACUUCAACUUCAAAUUCUGCUAUGCCUUACACGGCAGAUCUGUCCACCGCUCCAGAUCAGGCUUUAUCUCCAGUUUCAGAUCUAGUUCUGCCUCCCACUGUAGUUCCUCUCGCUCCUGUCCAAGAUCUGUCCACAGCCCCAUCUUCCACUCAGUCUGCAGUAUCAGAUCCAGAUUUUGUCCCUCCUCCCACCACAGUUCCUCCAGCUUCUGCCCAAGACCUGUCCACAGCCGCAGUUCAAUCUUCACCUCCAGAUCUUGUUUCAGUUUCAACUCCAGAAGUUUCUCCAGUCUCAGGUCCAUCCGAAGCCCUUUUAACAGAAGCAGUCGGAACUCCUUACAGUGCCCCUCAACAAGUGGAGACCCUGUCCACCAAGACGCAAGACAGGGAGAACCUAGAUCUAGUCCUAGUUGAAGACUUGGGGGCAGACGAGACGGAAAAGGGUGUACCUGCGACUCAGGCCCGAACAGCUGAUGCAGAUAUGAGCAAGAACUUGUCCAAAAAAGAGCCGGAACAAAAUGAGAGAUGCACAAUCCCAUUAUUGCCUGUGGCGCCACAAGACUACCUCCCUGGAAAUUGAUUCUCUUUAACUGCUCUUGAGACACUGGUUCAUUACAAGUGGCGCAUUCCCCUGACGGGCUUUUUUUUUCGUCUUUAUUUUCCAUUAUUUGCUGUAGUAUUAUUUUUGUUCCAAAUACAGUGACGGAUGUUGCGCCAGAACAAACAAUAAAUUAAUUGUUCCCUCUCAUAAAACCAAUUACUUUCUCGCCAUUACCAAGGAUUAUUUUUAAUUUUGUAUUUCUCUAUUUGUCUCAAAAUGCAAUUAUAAAUGGGGAUUUUUUUUUUUUGGGGGGGGGGUUGUGAAAGCUGUUUCACCCUAUAAAAUAUAUUGAGAAUGUCUCUGGUUAUUGCUAUUCAUUGUUAUCUUCCCUUGGCUAGAAUAAAUGUGUUGAGACUGAG